AUGUUGGUGUUUCCUGAGAGGCAGGGCAAGUGGAAAGCUACGACGCAGUCUAGGGAAUUUCUCAAGUCUAUCAAGCGAUACUACAGUAAUGCUUAUACUGAUGGUGAAAAGCAAGAUGUGAUUAAUUUAUUUUUAGGUUACUUCCAACCACAGGAAGGGAAACCUGCACUUUGGGUGCUGGAUUCUGAUUAUUAUCUUCAUGUAUCUGGGAUAGGAGAUGACCUUUUUAUCCCGGAUAACAGUUCCCUAUCUGAGGCUAAGCUUAUGGGAGCAAGAACUACUUUUGCCCCUAUUUCGGCUUGCAGAGAGGACUUCUCACGGUUGAAGCUGACAUCAUUUGAUAAGUUGAUAGAGAGAACAUGCAGUUCAAUACAUAAUGUAAGGCUUUUCAGUGAACCAGAUCAUAAACCUUGGAAUUCUGGAGUGGCACCUGAUGCAGCUGAAAUACAACUCAAAAGUCCAAACUGGCUUUUUGGCCAGAGGAAGUAUGAGGAAAGUAACUGUGCACCCAAGGUGGCUUCACAGGAAACUGCAAAUGGAAGGUGUCAAGAUGAGAAGAGAGUAGAUGGCUUGUGUGACCUCAAGUGGCUUUCUUCUGGUGGUGAUGUCAAUGAAAAGGAUGUCUUUAAGAGGUAUUUCUCUUCAAAACCAUUAUUUGUGAAUCAUAUUCUAUGAAUAUGAUAUCUUUCCAAGUAUCCGUCUAUCUAAUCCCAAGGGGUUUGGCUUGGUGGGAGGAGAAGGCAACCAAAGGGCUUACCACCUAGGAGGUCGCAGGGUUGAAUCUCACGAAGGCCAAACAUCCCAAACCUUAGGUCCGCUGAAGGUUGGGGUGAUCGUUAACUUCAGGGUCCUGGGAUUAGUUGAGGUGCGCAUAAGCUGGUCCGGACACCUGGUUAUCAAAAAACAAAAAAAAGAAGUUAUCUAUCUAUCUAUAUAAAUCUAGUGGAUCUAAGUAUCUAAAUUGGGUACGGGUGUUUGACACAUAUCUUGGGCCCUUACCUUGGUCAUAUCCAAUGGGGGAAAUAGAAGAGUUUACGUAACACAAUCCACAGCUAAAGAUGCUGCAUCCAUAGCUCCCUUUGGCCUGUGGAAAUACUAGCCUUGUAUGCAUGUUAAUAAAUAUUAGAAAUAUAUGUAUUUGUAUGGUUGAAAGAAUCGCACACUUACAGAUAUUCGAACCAUUACAUGGGUGUAACUUUGCAGUUUAUUGUGAUUAUAUCAUGUGCUAUCCUAACACUCAUUCAUUGAUAUGAUGUCAAAUUUUGUCUGAAAUUUGUGUUGUAUAUCUGAGUGUAAUAUAUUGGUGAUUAGGGUUGCAAACGAAACGAGCCGAGCCGAGCCGAGCUUUGCUGAGCUCAAGCUCGGCUCGUUUACUUAUCAAGCUCGUUUAUUAAGCUCGAGCUUAGCUCGAUAAAGAACUGGGCUCGAGCUCGGCUCUUUUCGUUAAUUUUAAUAAAACUUGAGUUCAGCUCGGCUCGAUAAAUUUUUUUU